AUGAGUAACAUCAAACUUGGAGAUGACUUCACCAAAGCUGUCAUUGCGGCUACUGGGCCCAAGGCCGAUCCGCGUGUCCGGACUGUCUUUGCCAGCUUGAUCCGCCAUUUACAUGAUUUCACCCGCGAAAAUCAGAUCACCGUGGAUGAAUGGACAAGAGCCGUUGCCUUGAUGAACCGGGCGGGCCAAAUGAGCAAUGAGAAGAGAAACGAGGGCCAACUCGUCUGUGAUGUUCUUGGGCUAGAAUCACUUGUAGACGAUAUCACCAAUAGCUUGUUGGUGGGUGAAUCCUACGAAGCUACUGCUACCGCUAUCUUGGGUCCUUUUUAUAGAGAUGAUACGCCUGCAAUCCCUAACGAUGCUAGCAUUGUUCUCACGCCUCCCAAAGAUGGGAAAGGCGAGAAUGUCUACAUGCACGGGAUUGUCACUGAUGCCGCAACGGGAAAGCCAAUUCCUGGAGCCAAAAUCGAUAUUUGGCAAUGCUCUACAAACGGAAUGUACGAACAACAGGACCCAGACCAAGCAGAAUGGAACCUACGGGGUAAGCUCACAACAGAUGAGAAUGGAUACUAUGGGGUUUACUGCAUCCGGCCAGUGCCUUAUCCGAUUCCAUAUGACGGCCCUGCUGGCGAUCUUCUCCAACUGCUAGAUCGGCACCCUUGGCGCCCCGGGCACAUCCACUUAUUGAUUGGGAUAAAUGGGUAUGCUCCUUUGACCACGCAAAUAUUUGACCGUACCAGCAAAUAUCUUAUCGAUGAUUCGGUCUUUGCCGUCAAAGAUGAGCUUCUGGUCGAUUUCAAGCCGAUACAGAACAACCCCAAGGCGGAGCUUGAGCUGGUUUAUGAUGUGAAGCUGGCGCCAUCUAAAGUCUGA